CUGUGUUGUUGUUGUAAGCAUUUCAAAAUUUGCCCCAUAUUUUAAUUUUCCGGAAUUUCAAUGUCCGGAGAGGCCAAUAUAACGCCUCAAUCCGGCCGGAGACCGCGACUCGGAUUGGGCAGGCGUGGCUGUCAAUCCACGCCUUUAAUGAGACUUCAGAGGGAGGAAUCCUCUGUUAAUACCCCAAUAAACAGGAACCAGGAGACUCCAAGGGCUUUGGCCUUAUACCUCAGCGCUCGCAGGAUAGGAUUGUCCAAAAACCGGACGGAACUGACCAAAAAGAAGCUGGAGUUUGCUGUGGCCCAGGAGAACAAGGACGACGAGCCAGAGGUUGUGAAGAAAUCACCAAAGAAAGAGGCCAAGGCUACCAAAAGGAAGAGUGAUCCUGAAAAGAAUUGCCAUAAGUCAGAGGAUGAAGAGCUAGAGGAUUCCCAGAAGAAUCAGCAGGAAGAGAGUCCCCAACACAGCAAAAUCACAGAGCUGCAGGGUGAUAUAGAAAUCUGGCACCGGGCAUUCAAAGCCUCUGUGGACGAUCUGCUGACGAUGGCGGAGCCAGGACUCUCAAAGAAGCACCUCCUCGCCCAGCUGGGCAUUCCGCUCGAGAUGCUGCGCUAUCUGGAGGAGGAUUAACCUUAAAUAAACAUAGUUUGCCAUAAGAUUUAACAUUAAGAAACUGUAUAUUCCCAUUGCAACAAGG